ACAUAUCAAAGACAGAGAGAAUUUUGUUGCAACGAGAUUCAACGAGAUAUUAAAUUCAAGAUGGCGCUCACUUUGAAGGAACUUGCAUCUUUGCUAAGUGUACUUUCUGAAGAUGCAACCCAGACACAGUCAUUUGAAGCUUUGGCAACAAGUUUCCAUCACUACUUCACCAAACAGGACCAUUUCAAAGUUGGAUCAGCAUUGGUGCUGUUGUUGCAAAACAGAGACCUCCUCCCACACCCAACACAAAAGCUGGCUGCUAUCUUUCUACUCUAUGAGAUGUACAGGACUGAACCAAUAGCUGUCAAUCCAUUUGCAACUGUCUUUGUACACUUAUUGAACCCACCCACAGAGAAUCAGGAAGCAGGACAAUUUGACCUUCACUGGGCAAUCCCAGCAAUUUCACCGUCAGAACGAUACUUCUUAUCACAGCUCAUCUCAAGCCCCACCAAAGAAAUGUUCAAGAAAACUCCAACAAAUAUUAUACAGAUGGAUGUGUUGAAUAUGCAGAACUUUGACGUUAGUGGGUUACAGUUGGCACUGGCUGAGCGACAGUCUGAGAUGCCAGCCCAGAGUAAAUCAGCAAUGCCUUGUGUAGUACCAGAUCCUGACAAUAAACCGACGAGGUCAAUCUUCUCCUCUUUUGACCAGUUUGGUAAGCCAGGUGUUAUCAAUCCAGAUGUACAGAGACAGACUAUAGAAGCCCUGCUGACCGGUUUACGACCACCAGUAGAAAACUGUAUGAUGCCAGAGUUCAUCAGGCUGGCACCACCAUUACAUGUAGCAGAAGAUGAGUUGUGUUGGCUGAACCCUGUGGAGGGUGACUACAACAUUGCAUGGGACACUACAAUGUGUGUGAGCAGCUCUGCUGGCUUUGAGGUGAAGAGGCUCAUGUCAAAGGCUUUCAAGGGCCCCCUCAUACUUUCACAACAACAACAGCUCCUUGGUGAACUGGAGAAGGACCCUAAACUUGUCUACCACAUAGGUCUCACCCCUGCGAAGUUGCCUGACCUGGUGGAGAAGAAUCCUCUAGUAGCUAUAGAAGUUUUACUAAGACUUAUGCAGUCAAAUCAGAUAACAGAAUAUUUCUCAGUGCUGGUUAAUAUGGAGAUGUCACUGCAUUCUAUGGAGGUGGUCAACCGACUCACUACAGCAGUAGAGCUACCUUCUGAGUUUAUCCACCUGUACAUCUCUAACUGUAUAUCGACAUGUGAAACAAUACGAGACCGGUACCUACAAAACAGACUUGUCCGACUUGUCUGUGUCUUCCUUCAGUCUCUCAUCAGAAACAAAAUCAUCGAUGUCAAGGAUAUAUUCAUCGAAGUGCAGGCAUUUUGUAUUGAGUUCAGCAGAAUUCGGGAAGCAGCUGGUUUGUUUCGUCUCUUAAAAUCUCUGGACACUGUAGAUGCCUCACAGAUACCACAGGCUCCUAUCAAAUAGUGAAAUUUUGUGAGAAUAUUUUUUAACAGACAUUUGGAGACUUUCAACCAUCACAACUUUUCCUGUAUGCAGUAGCACAAUACAAUGAGGAAUAAAGUCUGGUCAACGUAUUCAUAGGUAUACAUUGCCAGCAGUGUGAAGGAAAAGUAUUUCUGUAUUGUGAUGAUAUUGAAAGAGGCAUGUCAAAUGAAGAACUGACAGUACUGGUGUUCACAGAAAACUGGCACUGUUUGUCCAAGGCUGUGUUCAUGACUGAAGUCAUUGGCCGUUCUGUGUUAAUGAGAUCCCGUAGAUCUGGAUUUUGCUUUGAAGUAAUUUCAGAUUUGCAAACCAGUGAAAUUUGACUAAUUCCUUGCCAUACACAAAGAAUGUUUCCUGAUAAGAAGAGAUUGGAUUAACAGAUUUCCAUGUUGAUCAGAUAGCAGCCAGUCUGCCAAGGAUGACCACUUUGUUUUAACUCUGGUUUAUAACAGAGAUAACAGAGAUUCAAAAGCCAUUUACUUUGAACAAUUAGUGUCUUCAAUUAAUCAGCUUGAUUAAAUGAAAUUGUGAUGAAACAUAUUGUCACAAACAGGUUUGAA